AUGUCCUCCCAACCCCCGCACCCCACCCUGCUCAUCCCUGGGCCCAUCGAGUUUGACGAUGCCGUUCUCCAGUCCAUGAGCCACUACAGCGAGAGCCAUGUCGGCGCCGGCUUCGUCGCGACGUUUGGCGAGACGCUGUCGAUGCUGCGUGAGCUCUUCCAGUCGCAGACGACGAAUCCCACCUCGCAGCCCUUCGUCAUCAGCGGAUCGGGAACGCUCGGCUGGGACUUGGUGGCCGCGAACCUCGUCGAGCCGGGCGAGAACGCCUUGGUGCUGAGCACCGGCUACUUUGGAGAUGGCUUCGCCGAUUGUCUGCGAGCCUACGGCGCCUGCGUCACCAAGCUGGACGGACCGGUCGGGGGGCGUCCCCAGCUCCUCGAUGUCGAAAAGGCGCUCAAGGAUAAAAAGUACAAGAUUCUGACCGUCACCCACGUCGACACCUCCACCGGCGUUCUGAGCGAGCUCGAGGAGCUCACCGCGGCCGUCAAGAGGGUGUCCCCGGACACGUUGGUCAUCGUCGACGGCGUCUGCAGCGUCGCAUGCGAGGAGAUUGCCUUUGACAAGUGGGGGUUGGACGGUGUCGUCACCGCCAGCCAAAAGGCCAUCGGCUGUCCUGCGGGGCUGUCGAUUUCCAUCUUCAGCAGCAGGGCCAUGGAGGCUCUCGAGAAGCGCAAGACGGAGCCGGCGACGUACUUUGCCUCGAUGAAGCGAUGGCUGCCCAUCAUGAAGAGCUACGAGGCCAAGAAGCCUUCCUACUUUGCCACGCCCUCGCCUCAGCUCAUCCACGCCCUCAACACGGCCCUCAAGCAGAUUCUCGCCCGGCCCCUCUCGGAGAGAUUCGAGAGGCACAUGGAGGUCUCGGACAGGGUGAAAAAGGCGGUGACGGACCUCGGCCUCAAGAUUGUCGCCACCGAAGCCAAAGAUCAGUCCCACGCCAUGACGGCCAUCUACCUGCCGGAAAACAUCACCAUCCCCGACCUGCUACCCAAGCUGCUGAGCAAAGGGGUCGUAUUUGCUGGCGGCCUCCACAAGGAGAUAAGCACCAAGUACUUUCGAUUCGGUCACAUGGGUGUCACGGUGGUCGAUCCCAAGCGCAAAGACAUCGACAACGCUCUGGAAGCCUUGCGGUCGGCGCUAUCCGAGUGCGGCUACGUGAAGGCGUAG